AGGUACUGACUGGGAUUCGCUACCACAUGCAGUAGCAUGGCAAGGCUCAGGCCUGAUGGAACCGGGCCAAUGUCGGAUCGGUGAACAAUGACCCGAAGGCAGAGUGACUCAAUUCCAGUCCAUCCGCUGCGCGUAAUUGAAAUUCCCAGUCGACGACGAUCUUGCUCAGCAACACGGUCAGCCAGGCGAAGACGAUCUGAAAAAUGUCCAGACGACCCUGCGGGAUCUAUCCCGUCUGCAUCUGAAGCGAGUCGCAGCCGUCCACAACUCACCGUGACGGCUUCAAUGCACGGCGCGCAGGAGCCUCCGCGAUCACGAUGCCUCGCCCGCACCAACCUCUCCUCGAGUCCAAACCCAACGAGGAGCUUUCACAGACGCUGCCUGUCUCCUCGAAGCCUGUCUGCUUCCCCAAGCCUCAGAUUCACCUCCCUUCGGUGAGGAACGUGUCGGUAGAGCAGAAGAACCCCAUGCAAUGGAACACAAUGAAUUUGGGAUUGCGACUGGGCGCAGAUAUCACCUCUGCUGCAAGUGCUUCGGCGUUGAUCGCUCCCAUCAUAACUGUCAUAGACCGAUCCAUAGUUGAGAAAGCUGCGAAUGGCGCGUCCUUCUCGUCUUGCCUCGUGCGCUCCUUGCACCCCGCCAUCACCCGUCCGCAUGCGUUCGUCUUCUCCCGGCCGUUCCUGCUGAUCUUCGCCCUGUAUUUCUCGACCUACACGACAGCCAACACCGUCGACACGUUUCAUUCGACCGUCACGGCAAAGCCGGCGUCCACGGUUUCUUCGGGCGCGACCAAAUUCAUCGCGACCUCCUCGGUGAACAUGAGCGUGUGUGUGUACAAAGAUUCCUGCUUUGCGAGGAUGUUUGGUGGCCCGUCCUCUUCCCCGGCAGCCGCCGUCCCCAAGCUCUCUUACGCCCUCUUUGCCAUGCGGGAUAGUCUGACCAUCUUCGCGUCCUUCAACUUGCCGUCCAUGAUCGCACCACGACUCGCGAACCUGCCCCCCGAGAUCAGGUCGCGGUUUUCUCGCAUUCUCUCCACGGAGUCCGGGAGGGUGAAUACUGCCCAGUUCAUGGCGCCGGCCGCCAUCCAGGUAAUAUCCACCCCGAUUCAUCUGCUCGGCUUGGAUCUGUACAAUAGACAGGGCCGGCUAGGUUUCGGCGAGCGAUAUUCUCGGGUGGUGCGGGAUUGGGGUGUCAGUGCUCUGGCGCGGAUGGGGAGGAUCAUUCCCGCCUUUGGAGUUGGCGGCGUCGUCAAUUCGAAUAUGAGGAAGAGAUUCAUGACGAAGAUCGAAGGAUUAUAAGAACCUUUCCACACCUGCAAUGACUUGGUUACGGCGUUGAGGGUUCUUUCGGGGUCGGUUGUCUGUCAUAAUUCUUUACAUUUCGGCACAAGGUACUCUUGCGAGAGCUAGACAAAAAGUGGGACAUGGCUUUAUUUUACUUCUCGAUAUCCGGUAUUGCGUCUUGUGGAGGCCAGGAUCCUAACGAUGUACUCAGAGUGCUUAUGUGGAUAUGUUGGGCGCAUGGACUGGGCACGCCAUCGAAGAGCCUCGGGCAGGGCUGGACACAUCAGCGGAUGUGGGUUGCGGACUUCAUUUGCGGAUAUGAACCGUUUGCGAGGCCAUCAAGGCGAAGAUUUCGCCUUACAAUGAAGGAAGCUUUCCUUCUUUCCCGCUGGAGUUACUUCACUCUAGAUGCACCCUUCGCUUCCGCCCAUACGUUUCCUUCCCACACUAAGCGCCAU